AGAGUUGAACGACACCUUCAGCGUUGCUAAGCAGACGAGCGCGCUCAAGGCCAAGAUGGAGGUGCAACUAGAACGGGACAUCUCACUUGUCAGUCACAAGACAGCGCAGAACGUCUCCAUUCUGCUGUCGAAGAUACUCUCGGCUCAUAGCAUCCAGUGGCUGUGUG